AUGGAAGAAUUCGAUCUAUCGUUUUCUGACACAGAAAUGGAGGAGCCAGUGAAACCUCACCCUUCCUAUCCAGUUCAGCAUAUUCAAAAACCCACACCAAGACCUGACUUUCUAUAUCCACAGCAAUACAAUCAACAUGAUAAAACUAACCAAGUUUUUAUGGAGUUUCCUAGCAAGUCUUUCAUGAAGAAUGAAAUUAAGAAACAAUUCUCACCAACAAAAUCCUCUACAAAACCAAAUUUACCAAGUGGUUUGGGAAGUUUUUCCAACUACUACCAGUUCAUGAGUGAAACGAUCGAUGAACAAGGUCCAUACCGAAUGAUGGUCUUUAAUGACUUCAUGACGGCCAACCUCAACACCACUGCCCAUGGAAUUCCUAAUUAUGCUCGCGCAAAUGGUAUUUAUCACUUCGUUCUUAAAUAA